AUGGCAGAAGAAGAAGAAGAAGAAUCAGAGCUUAGCGAUAAGCACAAAGUAGAAAUCGCGAAAUGGUUCCUCCUCAACUCUCCCCCUGGAGAAAUCCAAUACGUUGCCAAAGACGUCAAAUCCAUUCUCAACAACGACGAUUUGUACAAUGAGGCGGCUUCCGAGGCAUUUCCCUUUUACAACAAAUCCCAUUUGAUUUCCCUUCAAAUGCCCACCCGAAGCGGAGACGUACUGGUUACAUCAUUUGGUGAGCUUGAGAGGAAUGCAUUUCUUGAUCCUAGGACUACCCAAGUGGCAGUAGUUGAUCAUGUCAAACAAGAAGAAAAUAAGAAAUACAAUGUUUUAAAAACAAAGAGAAGAUACGUGGUCUCCACCCUCCUUGCCACCGCAAAUUGGGCCCCACCGAACCAACCGGCCCAACUCAGAGAGAUGAGAACGAGCUCAUUUGGUGGCCGCCUGGGCGAUUACACAGUUAAAAAUGUAACAAUUUCCCAUGCAAUAUGGGAUUUUGUCGAAGAGGUAGGAUCCAAUGUGACAUAUGAUGAUUCAAUGAACCUGCGAAAUAUUCUUUGGCUGGCUCCAUUGCCUGGCGAUUCUGCGGAAUCUUGGUGGAAUUUGCUGCAUCCCUCUCUUUUCUCCUUCUACACUCGCGCUUUGCUACUUUAUCUGUGCAACUAA